AUGACAUUUAUGGCUGAUCUAGAUAGCCGCGAGGACCGCGACGCAGCCUUGCAUCUUCUCAAAGAUGCCGAGAAGCGCGCCAUGAGCAGGUAUAAUGCAGUGGUACAACCCCAAGAAGCAAAUGACAGCGGGACAGGGGAACUCUCCCAGUCACUAAAAGUCACUUGUUUGACCGACGAGAAGGCAGAGAAUCAGGAUGGUGAUGACGACGAUGAUGAUGCUGAUAGGCUAAAUGUGCGGGCUUUAGCCAAUUAUUUGGAUGAAUGUGUGAACUGUCGGAGGGAGCUCGAGAAUAUCCACUUCUGGGGUCUUCUUCCCCCGUCGGAGCUGGUGGGUGAUGGGAUGGUGCCGCUUGUCUCGGCGGAGGGAAACAGACAAGUUAUCUGGGUGGAAGAGUGGAAGGACAGCCUUGCAGAGAAGUGGGAGACUGAAAGUUUUGAGUAUGAGGGGGGUUUGUCAGCCUGGUGCAUGAGAAUCCUGCCCGAGCCACAGAGGACACGGUGGGCAGCCUUCUUUAUGUCCCAGGGCGGAUCUGGACCAGGCCAAUCCUGCUAG